AUGGUGGCCACAGUGCUGACAGCAAUAUUUCAGGGGUCAGUGUCAGUACUCAUUUUCACGAGGACGGGUGACUUUCUUGGGGAGCUGAGGUCGUACGUGAGGGAUGAGGACGGCGCUGUGAUACUCAAAUUGGCUGGAGGCCUCAGUGUCGUCAUCUUUUGCUUGGAGUGGGUGGUCUUGACCCUCGCCUUUUUCCUCAAGUACUAUGCCUCUGUCCAAGGCACUACUACUGCUUCUCCUGCUAUGAGGAGUUCCAAGGUGCAACAAGAGGAGGACUUGAAGGACUGGCCUUGGCCAUUCCAAGUCUAA